UAUUUCUCAGUCGUAAGUCGACGCGUUUCAGGUGUAGUACGUCUGUCUGUGUUCAGCACCGUCUGUUGAAAGUAUCUCUUAUACGACCGGCGGCGAUCGAGCCAGCGUUAUCUCGCGAGGAGAAUCAACGUCAUCGUCAGCUGUUCUCGUCUCUCGCUGACGAUAUUUUGCCUUAUUUACAGACUUUUUACUGGUAUCGAAGAAAAAGAAACCACACACUCCUACAGGCAACAUGGUCGGGAUGACACAGAGACCUUGGACGCCUACAAAAAGACGAGGCCCGAUUGCCGCCGAAUACAGCAGCCCGGGACCGGCCUGCGUAACUCUACCACCAUUAAUAGGAAAAACAGUUACAGAUUCCAAACGAGAAAGGGCACCAGCAUUCUCCUUCGGCAGCAGACAUGCAACGAAAAACAAUAGCGCUGGACCUGGUCCUGGGCAAUACAAUGUCUCUGGGCUUAGCGCAAAAGGAAAGGAUGCCGCACCUGCCGUGUCGCUGUACGGUCGAACGAAAUCGACAAAAGCGGAAAUUACCCCAGCACCAGGCGAUUACAAUCCGCAAACGGCGGAUAGCUCGCCGAAAUAUUCCUUCGGCGUUAAAACACAAAUCGAGAAGGUCAGCUGUACACCUGCACCGAGCGAUUAUCGCGCUGAAAUCGUGAAUCUCUGCAGAGCAGCAGCGUUCAGUUUCGGGGUAAAAGCUGUGUUGGAAAGAUCGAGUUAUAUGUCCGCUCCAGGUACUUAUCGUCCCGAAAAAACGAGGCUGGACGGCGCACCGCAGUUCACGUUCGGAGUUAAAACGCCGCUCGAUAAGCCGAGCGAUACGCCAGCACCUGGUACAUACAGUCCAGAAAAAGUGAAUUUGGAGAAGGGUCCGCAAUACAGUUUAACCGGCAAAAGCCGAAUCGAGAAGUGCAAUGGAACGCCAGCGCCUGGUGCGUAUUGUCCCGAAAAAGUGAAAUUAGAUCCAUCACCGCAAUUCAGUUUUGGAUUAAGGCCCGCUGUGGAGAAGCCGAGCGAUACGCCAGCACCCGGUACAUAUAGUCCCGAAAAGGUGAACUUGAAUAAAGGGCCUCAAUACAGCUUGAGUGGCAAGGGACCAGCCGAGAAACUCGCCGAUACUCCAGCGCCCGGAACGUAUUAUCCCGAGAAAUUUAAAUUGGACACCAUGCCGCAAUAUAGUUUCGGAAUCAGACCUCCUUUGGAGAAACCCAGCGAUACACCAGCACCUGGGACAUAUAGUCCAGAGAAAGUGAAUUUAUAUAAAGGGCCGCAGUACAGUUUGACUGGCAAAGGGCCUGCCGAAAAGCCUACGGAUACGCCAGCGCCUGGAGCGUAUUCUCCGGAAAAAGUAAGAUUAGAUAACACGCCGCGAUAUAGUUUCGGCAUUAAACAUGCUCCGGAUAAAUCUAGUGACACACCAGCACCAGGUACCUAUAGUCCGGAAAAAGUGAAUUUGGACAAAGGGCCGCAGUAUAGUUUGACUGGUAAAGGACCUGCUGAAAAACCUGCGGAUACGCCAGCGCCUGGAGCGUAUUGUCCGGAAAAAGUAAGACUGGAUAAUACGCCGCAAUAUAGUUUUGGGAUUAAGCACGCACCGGAUAAAUCUAGUGACACACCAGCACCGGGUACUUACAGCCCGGAAAAAGUGAAUUUGGACAAAGGGCCGCAGUACAGUUUGACUGGUAAAGGGCCGGCUGAAAAGCCUGCGGAUACGCCAGCGCCCGGAGCGUAUUCUCCGGAAAAAGUAAGACUGGAUAAUACGCCGCAAUAUAGUUUCGGAAUUAGACAUGCUCCGAAUAAACCCAGUGAUACGCCAGCACCUGGAGCUUACAGUCCGGAGAAAGUAAAUUUGGAUAAAGGGCCACAGUAUAGUUUAACUGGCAAAGGGUCUGCGGAGAAACCCACCGAUACACCAGCGCCUGGCGCGUAUUCGCCCGAGAAGGUAAAAUUGGAUACUACACCGAAAUACAGUUUUGGACUUAGAACUCCUCUGGACAAGCCCAGCGAUACGCCAGCACCUGGCGCCUACAGUCCAGAAAAGAUAAAUUUGGACAAAGGGCCGCAAUACAGUUUGACUGGCAAAGGAUACGUUCCGAAAGCUAACGAUGUUCCUGCACCUGGCACAUACAGCCCCGAGAAGGUGAAUUUAGACAAGGGGCCGCAGUACAGUUUGACCGGAAAAGGGAUGCCGGAAAAAUUAAACGACAAUCCAGGCCCAGCUGAUUACAAACCAGAGAAAGCUCUAAAUCUGGAACAUAAACCUUAUUACAGUUUUGGUGAUAGGAAAUCUUUGGAUAAACCUAGAGAUACACCAGGCCCAGCCGAUUACACUCCAGAGAAAGCUCUAAAUCUGGAGCAUAAACCAUAUUUCAGUUUCGGUAAUAGAAAACCCCUUCACAAGUCCCGCGAUACACCAGGCCCUGAUAGCUACAAUCCAGAAAAAGCUCAACAUUUGGAACAUAAACCUUAUUUUAGUUUCGGUAAUAGAAAGCCCUGCUUAUAUAAGCCUAGCGACACACCAGCUCCCGGUACGUACUGUCCCGAGAAAAUAAACAUGUCUAAGUCGCCGCAAUAUAGUUUCGGCGUUAAAACCGAGAUGUACGAGAGGAACACUGUACCAGGUCCUGGCGAGUACAGCCCAGAAAAGGCAAUGCUUUUGUUGGAGAAAGCGUUGCAAUUUACUUUCGGUCUCAGACCACCCGCGAGCAGACCAAACAACAUUCCAGCGCCCAAUAUCUAUAACAUCCCUUCUGCUCUCGGCGGAACUAAGGAGGGUAACAAGAAAGCGGCACCCGCCUAUUCUAUAUCCAGUAGGCAAAAGGUCUUUACGGACGAUCGUGUCCUCGUGCCCGGGCCGGGCGCGUACGAGACAAUUAAACCGGACACGACCAGAGCGAAGAGCCCAGCGUACAGCAUAAGCGCGCGUUUUCCGAUACCAGACGAUCACUCGCAGAUCCCAGGACCAGGAGCACACUGCCCGGAAAAGGUGUUUCUCGACAUUCCCCCGGCGCAUACGUUUGGAAUCAGGCAUUCACCGUACAUUUGUAAUUUAAAGGACGCAGUUUAUUAAUUCAUCAAUUAGUGACAACUGGCAAUUUAUCGACUAAGACGCAUUCUUUUCCAUUACCGUGACACGAUCAAUUAACGAAUCUUAGAGAUAGGCAAGUUUUAUUUUUUCUUUUCUUUUUUUGUUUUUUCGCUUUAUUAUUACUAAUUCCGUAGAAAAAAUACAUCGACAGAAUAAAGAAAUAUAUAUUAAUGCUUAGGCAGAACUGUUAUGCUAUAUAAUGCAAGGAAAUUUAGGCUGCGAUCCGAUUCACGCGCACAGCGCUGAAAGUAUCGCUCUAUCUUCGUUUGAUAUUCGAUGUGCAACGAAAAACAGAAUGAUGCUUACAAUGCUGUGAGCGUGAAUCGGACCGCAGCCUUAAAUACAUUAAAAUAUCACUGUAAACAAUCGUUUUUUCUUAAUGAAGCGUUUAAUGUAAAAUGAUAGAUACUAAUUUAUUUUCUCAUUUGACAUAAACAUAUAUAGAAUACAUAAA